GCCUUGGUCGCCAGAAUCGCUCAGGGUUGCAGUAGAAACCCCCCUUCCUCCUCCUUCGUCUUCUCCCCAUCCAUCGUCUCUUCUUUUCAUCAUUUGGAUUUAUUUUGAAAGGAAAAGCUGCACCGUACUCGUUGGGGGGUCUACUCGGCGGCCACUUGCAUGCAUUGUUCGUCUCCCAAAAUGGUUUGCGAGACUAAAAUAGUUGCGGACGAACACGAUGCUAUACCCGGGAGCAAAAAGGAGCCCAUGAUGUGGAGCGCCAGCGGCGCCUCGUCCGCGUCCGGCGAGGCCAAGGACGUGAGGCGGGACGCGGUGUUCAUCCGCGAGUUCGAGCGCGGCGACCAGGAGGAGGUGCGGCGCAUCUUUUACGAAGGGAUCAUGGAGAGGAUACCCAACACGGCGUUUCGGGGACUCGGUCAGCAACCCCAAACCCAGUUUUUGUACGCGCUUCUCACAGUGAUGUGCUUUUUCAUGACCAAAUCCCUGACGCUGGCCUGCUGCGCGCCGCUCGCGCUCAUGGGCGCACGUUAUUACUACAGCGGGAAAGUCAUCCACAGUUACCUGGACCACGCCUUGCACACGGACAUGGCGGACAUAGAGGCGUAUUACAUGAAGCCCGCAGGCUCCUGUUUCUGGGUGGCAGUGCUGGACGGACGCGUUGUGGGCAUCGUGGCGGCGCAAGGCCGCGAGGAUGACAAUGCAGUGGAGUUGCGGCGCAUGUCGGUGGAUUCUCGCUACCGCGGCAAAGGCAUCGCCAAGGCCCUGGGUCGACGUGUUCUAGAGUUUGCCGUGCGCAACAACUACGCGGCGGUUGUCCUGGGCACCACGGCGGUCAAGAUGGCCGCACACAAGCUGUACGAGUCGCUGGGUUUCCGGCGAACUGGCCAGAGCGAGGACUACAGGCUUCCCGGGAUGAGCCGCUCGGCGGCGGAGAGGCUGUUCUUCCAGAUCCGGUACAGCCGGUACCGCCUCCAGCUCCGUGAGGAGUGAGAGGUAGAGAGAUGGAGGAGAGAGGGACAGAGAGAGAGUGUGAGUGAGAGAGAGAGAGAGAGAGAGAGAGCGCUUUUAUUUAUUUUAUUUGACAUAAUCACUAACUUUAAAAUCAAGAUUUAUCAUCGCCAAACACUUCCAUUGUUGUUGCUUUUUGUAGUAUUGUUUUACAUUUCAGAAUUUUUUUCCCCUCUCCAUUUUUGUAUAAUUAAUCUUUUUUGGUACCAUUUUGAAUAGAAAUUAGUGGCAGCAUUUCCAUGUCCCUUUGCUGCCAAGACCCCGGAAUGAUCAAUAGCCCCAUUCAUCACUAUGACACAGGGAGGGACUGGGUGAGGAUGGGUGUAUGUGGCUUCCUCGAUCAUGUUGUUGUGCGAUUGUGUGCAUUGUUCACACACAUGCACAUGACACUUUAGUAGCACAGUGAGCGAGAAAGAUGAAAUACAGUGAGCCCUGAUUCAAUCACCUACUCGCAAAUGUUUACACUACAACUAUUCUCAACUGAACUCUGGGAAGCCAAGGAAUAAAAAUGGGUUUGGGUGCUUGUCAAGUGUGCACUGGGAGGUCGUUCUCAGCUGACCUGCAGCACCAGGGCAGGGGCGUACACAAAUAGCAGAAUCUUAAAAUUAACUUUAAAUUGCACAGGAAGCCAGUGGAGGGAAGCCAGAAUUGGAGUGAUGUGCUCCCUCUGACGUGUUCCAGUCAAGAGGCAUGCGGCAGCAUUUUGAGAUUCGCUGAAAAGCGCACUGACCUGUAAGUCCCUGCUCCUUUUAAGGCACUAUGUUAGCGGAGCAGUACCCGUAGCUAUAUGUAAUGAACGAGAGUAUACAUAUCACUCGUCAGAAACACAUUUAAAUGGGUAAUAGGAAAGUAGUAAUUGGUACGUUCUUGAUUACAUACAUGCCAGCGUCUUCAUUUUUAGGGAAAACAAAUCAUCUGCAAGCCAUUUAUUUUUAGGGAAACAUAAGAUGAGUUUGAAACGAUAUUCAAGUGUUUCUGGAUAUUGCCUAUAGAGAGUCCAUUUUAAACCUUUUUAGGGAUUGUGCUUAUUUUUUUCGCAAAUGUUUGCUAUUUAUGAUAAUAGUGAAGGUUCACUGUAUUGACUGUGUGGCCACACAUUGCAUCGUCCCAAUUGCCCUAUGUGAUAGGUCGAUAUAACGGAAAGGGCGGAGUCUCACACUAUCUGAACUGAGCAUACCGCACACCUUCUGUGUCACCUUUUAGCACACCAGUAGAGUAGGACAGAGACAUUUAGUAUGCAAAAACAACAAAACCAAUUUCCAUAAAACCUUGUCAAGAGGUGGUGCGUGACAAGAAUCUAAAGGUACAGAUAAGGAAUAUCUAUUUUCUACAUUUUUUACCAGUUGCAGCAUGGGGUAGCGGUUAGCACGUCUGCUGCACAGCUCUGACCAUUGGGGUUUGAACUUCAGCUUUGGCUUUCCUGUGUGGACUUUGGAUGUUUGCCAGCAUACCCGGAGAAAACCCACGCCAGCACAGGGAGCCAUGAAUCUCAGGCUUCCAUCCGCAUUCUGAACACAUGCAUGUAGGAUGAAUUGAAAACAAAUUAAAGUCUUCGUUUAACUUAACAUGCAUGUUCUUGGAAUGUCGGAGCAAGCCGGAGUACCCGCAGCCGGACAACUGCAAGGCAGAUGUACUCAGCUAAAAUCUAAAAUCACACAUUAAAUGCCUGUUGGGCAAAGACACAACAACUAGCAAUACCUACAAAUCUUCAGCACAGGAAAAACAGAUUCCCUUGUCUUUACAUAGCAAAGCCAGCGAUGUUCAUCCCCCCAAAAAUGUCAUUAAAUCUUUUAUAAAAGUCAACUAAAGAAGGGGGAAAAACAAGAAUAAAAUACACAAAAACCUCAUAACAUGACCUUCCUUUCUUCCCAUUUAAUGAGUCUGUCUGCAACUCUGUGCCCUCCCCCAAAAACCUUUGACCUUCCUUGUCCCUGGCUUCACCCAUUCCCACCAUUUCUGCAUGAGCUACAUAGCCUUGCUGCACUGCUUUGAUUACGUCAUUUGAAGCUUGUUGGGACACACGAAGGCACGCACACACAAACACACACACGCAUUCAACCCUUAUGUGUGUUUGUGUCUGUGUGUGUGUGUGUGUGUGGAGACUCACCCAAUGCAAGACUGCAUCUCGCCUGCCAGCCAAGCAAAACGCAGAAUGCAAAAGCAAUGCAAUUUGGCAUGCCUCUGUCCCAAGUGUGCUGGAAAAAAUAAAUGUAGACAACAAAUAAUUCAUAUAUAUUUAUAUAUGCCUGCUAUAUA